AUGACUACGAAGACGGCUCUUCUCUUUCUAGCGGCGACGCUCGUCGCCGCGACGUUCGCGACGCCGGUCAAUCCGGAAAGGACGGAGGCGUUCCGCUUUCUGCGAACGUACAGUUUUCUGAAGGGCGGCGGAAGAUCGCUAUCAUCCGAUAACGCGACGUCUCUGCGUCGCGCGCUGUCGCUGUUUCAAGAAUAUUAUCAACUACCUGGUAAUGGCGCGCUAAACGCCGAUACGCUCAAUCUCAUGCGCAAACCGCGAUGCGGUCUAGCGGACAUUCCCGAUCGCGCGUACAGCCCGUUCGCGAAGAAAUGGUCGAAAACGAGACUCACGUGGAAUUUUCAAGUGGCUAGCGAGGAACUCCUACGAACGACCGAAGCGGCGUUCGCGCUAUGGGCGGCGAGUUCGUCGUUGAGGUUCGCGCGCGACUCGCAACGUCCCGAUAUAUUGAUAUCGUAUCGAACAGGCGCUCACACCUACGCGAACGUCGAAAACGGCGACGUCUGCCCAGCGGUUUUCGAAGGUCCGGGCGGGAGCCUAGCUCACGCGUUCCUUCCCACCGGAGCGGCCGACUUCGCCUCGGAGGUGCACGUCGACGACGAGGAGCCGUGGCACGUGCUUCUGAACAAGAAUCCCUCCGACAAGUAUCAUCUGCUACUAACGCUAACUCACGAGAUCGGCCACACCUUAGGUCUACAGCACAGUAUGCGUAACGACUCGGUGAUGUUUCCGUAUAUACCCGACAACGAGCUUCAAUAUCCGGUUAAACUAAGCGUAGAGGAUAUCCUCGCUGUAUAA